GUAGUUACUGUACCUAUAGUUUUGUCUUCAGUUGAUGACUAAUGUUUUAAUUUUAAACGGUUUAACAUCAUCCUCGGUUUUUGUUCAUAAUUCAAAUACAAUUUAUACUGUGUUGUGUAUGAUCUGUAUAAUAUUUCCAGUGUGAAAUGGACAGCAUACACUCCGUUUGUUGAAGUACAUAAAAAUGUUUAUUUCGAUUUCGGACAAAUUGACAAUAUUGAACUUAAAUGAAACGAGUGAAAAAAAGUCUGCAGACAGAGAAUAUACCGUUGUUGUUGAGCCAAGCGGAGAGACAGUUCGAUGGAGAGGAUUCCGAUUGUUUUUUAUCCAGUGAUGACAUGACGCCAUUCAAGAAACACAACAUAUAUUACAGAAGUAGAUGGGCUAGGGUGUCUUCGUUGUUGUUCUGUGGAUUUUGCCAAUGGAUUUGGCAGAAAUGCUUCCGCAAGAAGGAGCUUACCUCACGAACCAUUGUCAUUGGGAAACAAAGUACCGAAAAGUAUUCGCCAAAUGUCAUUCGCAAUCAGAAAUAUACCAUAAUUACAUUCCUCCCUAAGGUGCUUUAUCAACAAUUCAAGUUUUUUUUAAAUCUUUAUUUUCUCCUAAUGGCUAUGAGUCAAUUUGUACCUGAACUACGAUUGGGAUACCUCUACACAUAUUGGGGACCAUUGAUUUUUGUAUUGGCUGUAACAUUAUUUCGUGAAGGUGUUGAUGAUAUUCGAAGAUGGCAACGAGAUGAAGAGGUUAAUUCCCAAAAGUAUAAACGUCUUAUUCGUGGUAAAGAUCAUAAUAUUGGUACUGAAUAUGUUUCAUCAUCUAAACUUAAAGUUGGAGAUUUAGUACUGGUAGAAAAAGAUCAAAGAGUUCCAGCUGACAUGGUAUUAUUAAGAACUACUGAAAAAUCUGGUGCUUGUUUUGUGCGAACUGAUCAAAUGGAUGGUGAAACAGAUUGGAAAUUACGCCUUGCUAUUGGAGAUACCCAAAAAUUAGAUUGUGAUGCACGUUUGUUUGAUAUUACUGCCACAAUUUUUGCAGAAAAACCUCAAAGAGAUAUUCAUAGUUUUAUUGGAACAUUUAGAAGGCAAGAUAACGGAGAAGAAGUGAGUCUUGAUGUAGAAAAUACAUUAUGGGCUAAUUGUGUUGUAGCAAAUGGUUCAGCACUGGGUGCUGUUGUUUAUACUGGUGCUGAAACUAGAUCAGUAAUGAAUAAUUCACAACCUCGCAGUAAAGUUGGUCUUUUAGAUAUUGAAAUAAAUCAGUUAACCAAGUUACUUUUUUGCGCUGUGGUUGGCUUGGCCUUUGUUAUGAUGUGCUUAAAAGGUUUUAGUGGUCCAUGGUAUCGUUACAUGUUCAGAUUUGUAUUACUCUUCUCAUAUAUCAUACCAAUCAGUUUAAGAGUAAAUUUGGAUAUGGGUAAAGCAUUCUAUUCGUGGUCUAUGCAAAGAGAUGAAGAGAUGCCAGAUACUGUUGUUAGAUGUACAACAAUACCAGAAGAAUUAGGACGAAUAUCAUAUUUGUUCUCUGAUAAAACUGGAACAUUAACUCAAAACUCGAUGGUAUUUAAACGGCUACAUUUAGGAACUGUCUCUUAUGGUGCUGAGUCUUUUGAUCAAGUUUCAGAUCAAUUAAAAAUGACUUUUUGUGGUACAGUUGAACCUACACAUAAUCGUAAUUUAUCACAAGGAUCCACAUCAUUUAAAAUUAGACGUUCUGAGCAAACUCGUCUUCAUGAUGCUGUCAAAGCUAUAGCACUGUGUCAUAAUGUUACGCCUGUUAUUGAAAAUAAUGUACAGGGAAAUAUUACUGAUAGUCCUGUGGAACUCAGAUCUGAAGCAGAUCAACAUUAUAUUAAAGAAGGUCUUCUUUCUCGUUCACAGUGCACUUAUCAAGCUUCUAGUCCUGAUGAAAUUGCUUUAGUAAAAUGGACCGAAGAUGUAGGUUUAGCAGUGAUUAAGAGAGAUUUAACAUCACUUAAAUUACGUACAUCAACUGGAGAUAUUCUUAACUAUACUAUAUUACAAAUGUUCCCAUUCACAUCAGAAACUAAACGCAUGGGAAUUAUUGUCAAAGAUUUAGCUACAGGAGAUAUAACAUUCUAUUUAAAAGGAGCUGAUGUAGUUAUGUCAUCUAUUGUUCAAUAUACAGAUUGGUUAGAAGAAGAAUGUGGAAAUAUGGCUCGAGAGGGUUUACGUACUUUAGUAGUAGCUCGAAAAAAUUUAAGCGAAGAUCAAUACUUGGAAUUUGAAUCACGUUUGAAUUCUGCAAGAUUAGCUGUAACAGGUCGUGCUCAAAGAGUAGCAACUGUUGUAGACACUCUAGAACGUGAAAUGGAAUUAUUAUGUGUAACAGGGGUUGAAGAUAAACUUCAAGUAAAUGUUCGUAGAACAUUAGAACUGUUAGGCAAUGCUGGAAUUAAAAUAUGGAUGUUGACUGGAGACAAACAAGAAACAGCUACAUGUAUUGCUAAAAGUUCUCGUCUAGUCUCACGAACUCAAGAAUUAUUUAUAUUCAAUCCAGUUCAUACAAGAAUUGAAGCUCAUCAGCAAUUAAAUGCUUUUAGAAAGAAACAAGAUUGUGCUCUAGUAAUUACUGGAGAUUCAUUAGAAAUAUGUUUGCAAUAUUAUCAAACUGAAUUAUUAGAUGUGGCUUGCCGUAGUCCAGCUGUAAUAUGUUGUCGAUGUUCUCCAACUCAAAAAGCACAAAUUGUGACUUUAAUCAAAGCACAUACUGGGAAAAGAACUGCUGCCGUUGGUGACGGAGGAAAUGAUGUUUCAAUGAUUCAAGCAGCAGAUACGGGUAUAGGUAUUGCUGGUGUAGAAGGCCGACAAGCUUCUUUAGCUGCUGACUUUUCUGUGCCUCAAUUUUCACACCUUGCUAGACUUCUUAUGGUUCAUGGCCGAUAUAGUUAUAAACGAUCAGCUUCCCUUAGCCAAUUUGUCAUUCAUAGAGGUCUGAUCAUAUCCACUAUGCAAGCAAUAUUUUCAGCUGUAUUUUACUUCUCUUCAGUAACACUAUAUCAAGGGUUUCUAAUGAUUGGGUAUGCUACACUGUACACCAUGUUUCCUGUAUUUUCCUUGGUACUUGAUAAAGAUGUAUUAUCUAAAAUUGCAUUAACAUAUCCAGAAUUAUACAAAGAACUGAGUAAAGGACGAUCGUUAUCAUAUAAAACAUUUUUCAUUUGGGUUUUAAUAAGUAUUUAUCAAGGAGGUGUUAUAAUGUAUGGAGCAUUAUUUCUAUUUGAAGAUGAAUUCAUUCAUAUUGUAGCAAUUAGCUUCACUGCUUUAAUUCUCACAGAACUAAUCAUGGUUGCAUUGACAGUACGAACUUGGCAUUAUUUAAUGUUAUUAGCUGAACUAUUUAGUUUAGCGGUUUAUAUUUUGUCUUUAAUCAUACUCAAGGAUUAUUUUGAUUCUCAUUUCAUACAAACUGAAUCAUUCCUGUGGAAAGUUACUGUGAUUACAUUGGUUAGCUGUCUACCAUUAUACAUUCUAAAAUUUUUAAGGAAAAAAUUUUCUCCUCCCAGCUAUUCCAAGCUAUCAUAA